AUGAAUGUUUGUUUAUUUAAUAAUGAACUGUUUCAAAAUUAUUAUAUAAAAUUAAUUCAUUUUUCAAGAUGGCAUAUUCUUGUAUAUUUAUCAAAUAAAAAAUUAUAUGUUUAUAAACAUAGCAGAUAUGUUUGGCAUGUAGAACAUUUUAAUGAAUGGAAACAAAUUAAUGUUCCUACAAAAAACGAAAUUAUUAAUAUACAAAUUGUCUCAUGUAAUUAUCAAGGAGAUCUUUAUUUUGAUAAUAUUACAAACGACAACAAAAAUUUUAAUAUUUAUGAACAAAAAGAAAAUGAUGAUUAUUAUGAUCAUUUUUAUUAUUAUUAUAUAAAUAAUAUUCUUAAUAAUAAUAAUAAUAAUAUGUCUUGUAAUAUACAAAAUAAUCCAUACGAUCCUAUAAAUUUAUUCUCUGUUUAUUUAAUAGAUAAUAAAAAUAAUUUAUAUGUAGGCAUUAAUACAAAUGUAGACUCACAAAAUCUAAUCAUCACAAAAAUAAAAAUUAUUAUUCCAAAGUAUUUAAAAGAAAAAAAUUUUAAAAUACACUCUUUAUUAGCUAGCUUACCAGAAAUAAACGAACAACAUUUAAAACAUAAAAAUAUACAUUUAAAUUUUUCAACUAUCAUAGAAUUAUCAUACAAUUGUUUAAUCAAAAAAUCAAACAUUAAAUUAUGUAAUACUUUUACUCAUCAAUAUAAUUCAAAAAAAUUUGAUGAACUAGCCAAUAAUUCUUCUCAAGAAAAUUAUGAACGUGUUCAGGUAAAAAAAAAUAAAAUAACAAAAAAAGAAAAAAGCAAAAUAUCAAGCAUAAUUGAUAACAACAACAAUAAUAAUAAUAAUAAUAAUAAUAACAAUAAUAGUAAUAGUAAUAAUAACAACAAUAAUAGUAAUAAUAACAACAUUAAUAGUAAUAAUAACAACAAUAAUAGUGAUAAUAACAACAAUAAUAGUAAUAAUAACAACAAUAAUAAUAAUAAUAUUAAUCAACAUAUGUUUAUGCAUGAACACAAUUAUCACGAUGACACACAAUCAAGUGUUUACAAUAAUACUUCUAUAUUUAAUAAAAAUAAUCCUUUUCUUUUCAUAGAUAGUUACAAUGAUACACCCCAAGACUUCACAAAAAUAACAAAUAAACAAUCAAAUAAUAUUCAUUAUAAUAUUAACACAAAAAGAUUUGAAUCCAUGUACUGUAAAAAAAAAAUUAUUACUAAUUAUACUACGUCGAGUGAUGAAAGUGUUACUAAAAACAAUUGUUCAUAUAACAAAAGAAAAAAAACAUACAAAUAUUCUUAUUUUAAAAAUGAAGAAAAUAAAAAUAUUCAAAGAAAUAGUCAAUCCAUAGAAAAUGACAAUUCUAUUCAAGAGGACACUUAUGAGAAUAAUCAAUUUAUAAAUAAAAAAAUAUAUUUUGUAUUUAUUAAAAUAUCAAAUAAUAAAAAUUUUAGAAUAAAAUUAAUAAAUUCAAAACCUCAAAAAUUAAUUAGUGGUACAUCCUGUAAUCAUGGAUGUAUUUUAUUUGAAAAUAAGGAAAUUUAUUUUUGGCUAUAUCAUCAAAAAGAAGACAAAUUCAGUGAAGAAAAUAAAAAUGAUCAAUUAAGAUAUAUCCAUGAAUAUAAUAGAUCAUAUAAUAAUAACAAAAAUGAUAAUUCUUAUAUAUCCCUUGAAAAGUUAAAAUCACCCAAAGUUAAUAUAAUAGAUGUAUGUUAUUGUAAUAAUACAUAUAUUAUGUUAUCAGAAGAUAAUAAUUUAUAUAUUUUAAAAUAUCCAUUUUUACGUAAUCUAAGAGCUGUCAAUUUUUUUUUUUAUAUUAAUAAUUAUUUAUAUAAAAAUAUACAUUUUGAAAAUACUAAAAACUUUUUAACUCUUCAAAAAUUGAGGAAUGAUAAAUUAAUUGAAAUGUAUAUAACAGAUUAUAUACUAAUAACUGUACAUAGUACCAAGGAUAUAUGUUUUACUCCAUUCUUAUUUCAAAAUAUUUAUAUUUACAGAGAUGCACAAUAUAUUGAUGUCUUAUCUACCAAAUAUGAAUAUCAAGUAAUAAUAUAA